GGACGUCGCACAGCACAGGGCAGUUGGCGACAUGAAGGAGCCCGACGUAUUUCUUCACAAGGUGUCGGCAUUGCAGGCUGGUAUCCGGGGCUUUUUGGUUCGGCGUCAAUUCCAGAGCCUUCGAGCUGAGUAUGAAGCAAUUGUACAAGAGAUCGAGGGUGACCUCAGUACACUUCAGUGGACAGGAGGCUGGAUUCCUAAGCCUGUAUUUCUCCCAGAGGCAAAAUCUCAUCGAUCCUGGAAAACAGAGAAAGCACCAAACCCAGAGCAGAAACUGUGCAACCAUUUCCCAUAUAAAGACUCUGAAAAAGAUGUCAUCUUGGAGGAGGUGGUGCUGAAGAAGGCAAGAGGGAGCCAAGCAAAAGCAAGAAGUCUUUGCCAAGACGACAGCUCCUGGCUUCAGACUGAGCAGGACAGGAAAGCCCGCCAGGGGAAGACCAGAGAUAUCUCCAUGUCUGAAGAGGACAAUGCAGUCACAGAUCUAGGAUUGUCCCAGAGCCAACAUGAGCUCCAGGACCAGCGCAACCAUUUGGCUAUGGAAUUGCUAUGGCUACAACAGGCCAUCAACAGUCGAAAGGAGUACCUAAUUCUCAAGCAAACACUGAGAUCCCCAGAAGCAAGCCAGACCAGAGACAAGCCUAACACAUUGCUGGACCAUGGGGGACAAUCAAGCUACCUCCCUAAGGACCAGUCCUGUAGAGACAGAACCACAGGAGAGCCAUGCCAUGCAGAUGAUGCCUGCCACAAGGGUGACUCGCAGCUCCAUAAAUCCCCAGACAGUCUAGCCAGUACAGGCAAAAACACGGUUGGGGCUAAGGGCUGGAAACUGUGUUAUCGGAAGGCUACAGCAUUAGAUAGCCAGGCUAGAGGGGACAGGGUCACCAAAGGGCCAGACCACAGAGAACAGGCCUUGAAUGAAACCUGUCUACAGCAGUUGCUAGAGGGUCAGACACCUGAGGACCCCAAGUCUAGGAGUCCUUGUUCUGGAAAGGCCACAACACAGCUGCCUACAUUCUAUGAAAAUCCAAAUACUGAGGACAAAUACUCCAGAAAGCCAAGCUACAAAGAGGCUGACUGCCACAGAGACAGGCUGUAUGAUUUGAGUAUCUCAGAAGGCCACAUGAUUUGGAAUGGGACGUCAACAGGGCUGGAACAAGGUAGCCUGGGUGUCAGAAGGACUAAACCACCCAAGAGCCAGCACCCCAGCACUAGGAGUACCAGGCAUGGAAUUACUGAUGAGCUCAGUCAGGAAGGAUGGGAAAACCAGAAGAUCUCUGGAGACGUUGUCUUCCACAAGAGAGGACCAGUGGAGGAGUAGACCAUGGAAAGCGAGACAGUCCGGCAAGCCCUGGGGAUCCGGGAGAGGAAUAGGUUCCUAAAGAGGGUGCUAUGAAAAGGUGAAAAGGGACCUGGUGCCACCUCCAUCUCCUGUCCUAGCUGCUGGCCAUUGGUAGCUAUCAGGCUGAGCUGCAGGAUUGCGCUGAUACAGGAGGAAGAUGAAGGUCACGCUCUUUUAUCCUCUGCCUGUGGCUUAAUCCAGAGUUCACCUUCCCUUGAGGUAAAUAAGGUGGGAGGAUGGUGGACAAUAAAGGUUUUUCUUGGUUAUGA